CUUCUGAAGUAGUAGAACGCCGGUCAUCUUGUCUCCAUGUAAAGUGAUUCUCUUCGGUUUGCGACCAUUAAUAACCUCGGCGUUAACUAAAGUCCGUCGAAUUUUGCACGUGUUUCUAACAACAAUUAAUAAGUGAAUAGUAUUAAUCUAAUUACUAAUUACACACAAAAUGCCUGAACUUACUGAAUUAGAAAAACCAACCGCCAGCGCCGCUGAGACUCACGAGGACUCUGGCAGUGAAUCGGACUCAGAUGACACUAUCCCAGAGCUUGAAGAUGCAGGAAUUGGUGCCGUUCCAGGGGGUGCCGGUCUCCCCAUUGAUAUGGUCUCAAAAGCCAAACAAUCGCGCGGUGAGAAGAAAGCACGUAAAAUUAUGUCCAAGUUGGGUCUUAAGCCCAUCCAGGGUGUGAAUCGAGUGACUAUUCGCAAGAGUAAAAAUAUUCUCUUUGUAAUCAACAACCCUGAUGUAUUCAAGAAUCCUCACAGUGAUACUUAUAUUAUAUUCGGAGAGGCUAAAAUAGAAGAUCUUUCUCAGCAAGCCCAAGUUGCUGCUGCUGAGAAAUUCAAAGUGCCCGAAGUGUCUCCUGCUGGAGGAGAUGCUUCUGGUGCACCUACAGUUGUCGCACCCAUAGCUGAAGAAGACGAGGGAGAAAUUGAUGAGUCUGGAGUAGAAGAAAAAGACAUUGAGCUUGUUAUGUCACAAGCCAAUGUUCCAAGGCAGAAAGCCAUUAGGGCACUGAAAAAUAAUCAAAAUGAUAUUGUUAAUGCUAUAAUGGAAUUGACAAUGUGAUGUUCCAAUAUUAAUGAUUAAAAUAUCAUAAUUUGUUUUAUAUCUAUAAUGUCCUUAUCAAUAAAUU